UUGUUGUAAUUAUUAUGGAUAAAAAUAAAUCAGAAAGUGAUGAGAAGUAAGGAAGAGGGAGUGUUUUUUAAUUUUAGCUAGAAUGGUUAGGAAGGGACAUUUGGAAAUAUUUAAUCAGGGAGAGAAUUUCAGAGGAAUGCUGAAGCAUUUCAGGUAGAGGGCACAGUUAGUGCAAAUACCCCAAGGCAUGAGCAAGUCUGGCCUGUUUCAGGAAUAGCAAGAAUAAUGUGGCUGGAGCCUGGUGAAGAGCUGUGUGUGUGUGUGUGUGUGUGUGUGUGUGUGUGUGUGAAUGAAUGAAUAUAACUAAACAAGGUCCUGUUAGCUGCCACCUAAUAGAGUCAAAGAAUCAAGUGUGAGGGAGAAGGAAAGAACUUUAUUAGCAAUAAUCAGCAUUUUGAAAGAUAGUUGGUUCUUGCCUUCCAAUGAUCCUAUUACCCCUUAGGGAGAUUCUCCUUAGGGAGAAUCUUUUUUUAUGAUUUUUCAAGGGAAGAUAUAUGGGUACCAGACAGGUGGGUACCUCUGUUGUUCAGUGUUUCAAAAGUAGCCUCUUCUGGAAGGUAGGCUGUGUACUUUUUAUUCACUAUGUCGGUGGGAGUUGCAGUACAGUAGAUCCAAAGAAGGAAUCAGUGAUCAAACUUUCUGUGUUUUUGAUUAAAGUGGCAUUUGUCUGGUUUUGUUGUUGCCAUUUGUGGACAUUUGCCCUUCCCAGGUGUGACCUGUAACUUGGGACUAGGGAGUGUUUGGGGAGGGAGGACUUUAUGCAUUUCUAAUUGACUUUAGUGUGCAGUUAAUCUGUAAGAGAUCGGGCAAGAAGAAGACAAGAGAAACUUCUGAGAAUUGGGUCUUGAUGAGGUGGAAGACUAAUGUAUGCAUUCAGCUCUGAAGAUGAAGUGGAUGUGCUUUUACAUGGAACUCCAGACCAAAAACGAAAACUCAUCAGAGAAUGUCUUACUGGAGAAAGUGAGUCAUCUAGUGAAGAUGAAUUUGAAAAAGAAAUGGAAGCUGAAUUGAAUUCUACCAUAAAAACAAUGGAGGACAAAUUAUCUUCUCUAGGAACAGGGUCUUCUUCAGGAAAUAAUAAAGUUGGAAUAGCUCCGGCGAAGUAUUACGAUGAUAUAUAUUUUGAUUCAGAUUCUGAGGAUGAAGACAAAUCAGCACAGGUGACCAAGAAGAAAAAGAAGAAACGACACAGGAUUCCAACAAAUGAUGAAUUACUAUAUGAUCCUGAAAAAGAUAACAGAGACCAGGCCUGGGUUGAUGCACAGAGAAGGGGGUAAGAAUUUAAAUUUAAUAUUUAGACUCU